UUACAUUGUCUGGCAAGGUUCAGGUUUCUGUCCAACUUUGUCUGCUGUGUACAGAGCUACAGCUACUAUUGAAGAUAUUAAUUGGUUUCCCUUUAACUUGUAUAAUUUAAUCUGGUCGUUUUUGUCUUUUUUUUUUUUUUCUUUUAAGAACUUGGAUUGUAGAGAAUUCAUGAUGAAGAACCUUUUUCUGUCUUUCUUACUAGGCUCCAUUCUGUUUAUGAACAACUUUUCAGAAGUGCAAGGAAGAAAAUGGAAAGGUGAAGGUACAACACAAAACCUGGAAAGCAUAACCGUUGGAAGGUGUUAUGACUAUAUUAGAAUUGUGAAUCCUGCUGUUGGUGAGAAGAACUGUUCAGAGUUAUGGGAAGCCUUUAGAAAUGCUUUUAUUAACAAGGAUCCUUGCAACAUUCUACCUCAAGACUUUGAAUUAUUUUUCAAACUGUCAUUGCACGCAAUUCCCGCUGGCAAGUCUCUCUUCUGGGAAAAUAAUCAGCUGCUAGUCAACAGCUUUUCAAACAGAGCUCGUCGCUACAUGACUCUUGGUGACACUCUAUUUGGCUUCUUUGGAGAUUUUCUAAACUGGUGUGGGCAGGAAAACAGCACUGGACUGGACUAUGAAUCCUGCCCUACUGCAGCAGAAUGUGAAAACAAUGCAGUGGAUGCUUUCUGGAGGAUGGCUUCGAUGACUUACGCACAACACAGUUCUGGGGUGAUACAUGUCUUGUUGAAUGGUUCUGCAGAAGGAGGAGCUUAUCCAGUCAGAGGUUUUUUUGCAGAUUAUGAAAUACCUUAUCUCCAGAGAGACAAGAUCUCACAAAUAGUCAUCUGGGUUGUGGAUGAUAUUGAAGGACCAGAUAUAGAUUCCUGUGGAUAUAAUACUGUACAGAUAUUAGAAGACAGGCUGAAAGCCCUUGGUUAUGAUGUCGUCUGCACUGACGAUUACAAGCCUGUAAUGCUGUUACUCUGCUUGGACAAUCCUGACCAUUCCAAGUGUACCCUUUCAUCAUAGGGUGAACGAUGAGCUACGCUGUCUUGUUCAGAGGAGAUAAACCCUCACUACAGUCUGGUACUUGGACUUCAAUAUGUAGAAAUACAUUUUCUCUUCAGAAGUAACCCUAAAGAGUUUCCAUUGGAAGCAAAUACAGUUAGAGUAGAAAUUUUUAUCAAGUAACAACAACCCAAGCAGGAUGAUAGCAACGAGCUGAACAAGGUAGCUGGGUAAUGGCAACCAGUUGAGAAAAAGAGAUCUGGGACAAGGGAGUGCUGGUGUUCAAACUGUCUCACGCAGUAAGUGGGAAGGUAAGUCAGCCCACGCUCCUGGUAGAGGCAUGGCUCUGUCAGAAGGCAUGGCAGAGAUGUCUGGGUGCUGAGACUCCUUGUUGCAGAAGCUUUGUUCACAGUAGUGGGUGCAGGGCUGGAUGGCAUGCUGCUCUUCACAGCUGUCACUUUGCACUCUCUGUUCUACUUACCUCAGCCCAUUUCUCAUUUUCACUGUUCAUCUCAGCCUUCUCUAAAUGUUAUGACAGCAGUUACCCUGUGAAACCAGGAAGCUAUGAAAAGAACAGUCAUUGCUAUUUCAACAAAAGGAAAGGAAUAAUUUCUUCAAUUAUUUUAAAAGCUUUGCUCUUUUCAGUUCAAAUUCCCUUAUUCUGAAGUUCUGCUGGGCACUGACAGCUAGCAAUUACAGGUGUCCACAGUUAUUAGUGGCACUGUGCCUAGUGUACUAUCCUCAAAAUCCAGAGCAUUAUGCUAUAACGAUUCUUCAUGAUUUCUAACCUGAUUUUGUAGCCUUUGGAGCAGCCUAUUUCCUACCAUCCGGAGAACUUCAGUGCUAAUAUAACUAAGUUUAAUCCCAUUAAAGGCAGUGAUGUUAUUUCUAACAGAGCACUCUCACGUGAGAAACAGAAUAUCAUGAGGAACAGCCAGGAUACAAUCAAAUUCUAUCAAACUUUUUAUUCACUGAAGAAACUGAAGAAAAAAAAAAAACAUUUUCUAGAGGUGAGUUUUAACCCAGGGCACUGAAAAGAUGCACAACAUAUUUUUUUCUUAUUCAUACUUGCAGGUUAGUGUUAUUUGGUCCUACCCUGCUGCCAGAUAUUUCUUUCAUGAAGGAUUCGUGUCCUCAGCCGUAUUUUGGUGUCAGGACUGUCUGUGCUUGAAGUAAGAUGCUAAAUAGUAAGUGUAACUCUUGAAUGGGUUGCUGGGGAUGGCUGGGGGUUGUUUGUGCUCUGCUGGGUCAAAAAUGUGAUCCAUCAGGGAGCAGUGGAAACCAGCUGCUUUUUUCUUAUGAUAUGCUUAGCAGUACUAAUGCAGGCUAGUAAAUUAUGCAUCAUAUAGUUGCAUUCUUACAGAAGCCUCCUGCUGCUACAUGGUAUCAAAGCAGAGACUGGCACACGCUUAAAGCAUGUCUGUCUUCUAAUCUUUUAUGCCCACUUUCUGAUCCUCCCAGGGAUUCAGUGUAAACUGGCAGAAAAACAGACACACCUUGCCUAGAACAAUAUUAAUUUAGCUUUGUCUUGGAAAUUGACAUAGCUCCAAGGGGUCUAAAUCCUGAAGUUUUAUCAGACAUGGCACUACUUAAAAUUGUCAACUUCUCGAUAGAAGGCACAUGUGGCCACUGGCACACCAGCCUGAGAAGCAUGCAGAUCCAUGAGCACUUCACCACAGUGACAGUUAUUGCAUUACUUAUGCCUACCCUCUUGUGCCAGAACAUUUGCAAGAAGUGAGUUCAUUCUCACAUUCACAUUGAGAAAGAAAGAACCAUUUCCUGAAGCGCUGGCCUUCCUGCCACCCCCUCAUCUCUGCUUGGUGCUAUUACUCAGGCUGAUCAGGCAGCAGAGGCUUGCUGAAAGGAGGCUUGGCAUUUACUUAUCUGCUCUAUUCCUUACACAGCUUGAGGAGUUACAAACCAGCAGCAAAAUCAGCUUUCAGAGCAAUUCAGCCUGUACUCACCUCAUUUAUUUAUUCUUAACAAUUUGAAACCAAAUCAGAAAAGAAAGAAAAGUUUUCUCAUAACAGGUUAUUGAUAAACAACUCUCUUAAAAAGUUUUAAACUUUAACUAUUCCAGUUGUGCCACUCAAAAAGAAACUGACUUCAGAAUUCCUGAAGGUAGGCGUCUUCAAUACCUAGAACAAGCGGAGAAUGCAGUUUCACUGUGUAAAUUGUUUUGGAUAACAACUUCUGUUUUUCCAAUGUGACAUUUCCUUAGUUAAUAAAACUGAACUGCAGCAAGUUGAAAACACAUGCAAGAAACAUUUUGGGGAAAACUCGUUAAAUCACAGAAUGGCCUGGGUUGGAAGGGACUUCAAGGAUCAUGAAGCUCCCACCCCCCUGCCCCAGACAGGGCUGCUAACCUCCACAUUUCAUACUAGACCAGGCUGCCCAGGGCCCCAUCCAAUCUGGUCCUGAACACCUCCACGGACGGGGCAUCCACAACCUCUCUGGGCAGCCUGUUCCAGCACCUCACCACUCUCACAGUAAAGAACUUCCUCCUGACAUCCAAACUAAAUCUUCCCUCCCUCAACUUAAAACCAUUUCCCCUUGUCUUGCUGUUAUCUACCCCGUCAAAGAGUUGACUCCCUUCCUGUUUAUAGGCUCCCUUUAGGUAUUGAAAGGCUGCAAUGAGGUCACCCCACAGCCUUCUUUUCUGCAGGCUAAACAAGCCCAGCUCCCUCAGCCUAUUUUCACAGGGGAGGUGCUUCGGUCCCCUGAUCAUCUUCGUGGCCCUCCUCUGGACCCUCUCCAACAGCUCCCUGUCUUUCUUGUCUUGGGGCUCCAGACCUGGACACAUUAUUCCAGAUGGGGCCUCACAAGAGCCGAGUACAGGGGGACAAUCACCUCCCUGUCCCUGCUGGCCACCCCUCUUUUGAUGGAGCCCAGGAUACCAUUUGCUUUCCAAGCUGCAAGGGCACAUUGCUGGCUCAUGUUAAGUUUUUCAUCCACCAGGACCCCCAGGUCGUUCACAGGGCUGCACUCAAGGACCGUUCCUUCCAAUCUGUAUGGAUGCCUGGGAUUCCUCUGGCCCAAGCUCAGAACAUUGCACUUUGCUGUGUUGAACCUCAACAGUUUCACCCAAGCCCACCUUUCCAGUUUGUUGAGGUCCCUCUGAAUGGCAUCCCUUCCUUCCACUGUGUCAACCACACCACUCAGUCAGUUCUCCUUUUACAUUUACCAAAGGAGGUACACUUGCUUUGGCCUAUCUCUUCUGGCCAAUGUAUCUGUAGAAUGUCUUCAUACUGUUUUUCACAUUCCUUGCCAAGUUCAGUUCUGCCUGCGCCUUGGCUUUCCUGAUCCCAUGUCUGCCAAGUCCAGACUACAUCCUUGUAUUCUUCCCAUGUGAUAUGCCCUUGUUUCUGCAGCUUGUAUAUAGCUUUCUUUGCCUCUCAGUUUG